GGCGGCCAGCCCCGGCGCACAGCCGCGGCCGGGGCGCGCGGCGCGGGGCGGAAAAGCCUGUUUACACAGACUGCACACCGCCUGGGGAAUAAUGCAGUAAAGGAAGUGAGCCGGCUCGGCCUGACUGCUCCAACUUCCUGCUCUCACACACACCAGAGGGGAAAAAAAAAAAAGAGGAGCGAGAGAAAGAAAAAAAAAGGGGGAAAAAUCAGGAUCUCAUUACAAGAGCAACAGACCGUCUGCAGACGCCUGUCAGCAUGGAAAGUCGGGGGCUUUUGCCCGGGUCCUCCUAGAAAUUCCCCCGAAGAAGGCUCUCGAAAGCUCCCCCACGUCUGGGUAUGGAGAGUGCAAUCACGCUGUGGCAGUUCCUGUUGCAGUUGCUGCUUGAUCAGAAACAUGAGCAUUUGAUCUGCUGGACCUCGAACGAUGGUGAAUUCAAACUCCUCAAAGCAGAAGAAGUGGCCAAGCUGUGGGGACUCCGAAAAAACAAGACAAAUAUGAACUACGACAAGCUGAGCAGAGCCCUGCGAUACUAUUACGAUAAGAACAUCAUCAAGAAGGUGAUCGGGCAGAAGUUUGUGUACAAGUUUGUCUCUUUCCCCGAGAUUCUGAAAAUGGAUCCUCACGUGGUGGACAUCAGCCGGGACAGCCUCCUGCUGCAGGACGCCGACUGCCAGGCGCCCCCCGAGGGCCGCGAGGCCCACAAGCACGGCCUGUCCGCCCUCAAGAUCACGAGCCGCAACGAAUACAUCCACUCGGGCCUGUACUCGUCCUUCACCAUCAACUCCCUGCAGAACCCGCCGGAUGCCUUGAAGGCCAUCAAGACGGAGAAGCUGGAGGAGCCGCCCGAGGACAGCCCCCCGGUGGAAGAAGUCAGGACUGUGAUCAGGUUUGUGACCAAUAAAACCGACAAGCACGUCACCAGGCCCGUGGUGUCCCUGCCCUCCACGUCGGAGGCCGCGGCGGCGUCCGCCUUCCUGGCCUCGUCCGUCUCGGCCAAGAUCUCCUCUUUAAUGUUGCCAAACGCUGCCAGCGUUUCAUCCGCCUCUCCCUCCUCGUCUCGGUCCCCGUCCCUGUCCCCCAGCUCGCCCCUCCCUCCUGAGCACAGAAGCCUCUUCCUGGAGGCCGCCUGCCAUGACUCGGAUUCCCUGGAGCCCUUGAACCUGUCAUCGGGCUCCAAGACCAAGUCUCCGUCUCUUCCCCCAAAGGCCAAAAAACCCAAAGGCUUGGAAAUCUCAGCGCCCCCGCUGGUGCUGUCCGGCACCGACAUCGGCUCCAUCGCCCUCAACAGCCCCGCGCUCCCGUCGGGGUCCCUCACCCCGGCCUUCUUCACCGCUCAGACACCAAACGGACUGCUUCUGACCCCGAGUCCACUGCUGUCCAGCAUACAUUUCUGGAGCAGCCUCAGUCCAGUCGCUCCGCUGAGUCCUGCCAGGCUGCAAGGGCCAAACACGCUGUUCCAGUUCCCCACACUGCUUAAUGGUCACAUGCCAGUGCCAAUCCCCAGUCUGGACAGAGCUGCCUCUCCAGUACUGCUCUCUUCGAACUCUCAGAAAUCCUGAUGACGUCUCGCCACAAUUAAGGACUCAUUAACUGAUGAAACAUGUCCCCAUGGGCUACUCUACCUGUGUCAUGGGAAGGAUAUUGUGAAACCCUGUUAAUUUGGUUUGCACUUUUCAUAACAUGAAUAGUCUAGAUUUAUGAUAGCAUUUUAAAAACUGGGUUUUUUAUAUAUUCAAGUAUAUAUGAAAAUCUGUUUUGCAUUAAGUGAAUUUUAAUGUUUUUGUUUUUAUAUCCUGUUAGCUCUUAAGUGUUGAACACUGUUGACAGUGAAGAACUUUUUUUAAUGGUUUUCAGUAUAACUAAUAAGGAUGUGAAGUUUUUUCUCUCAUUAAUUCUGCAUAUGCUGAACUGUGCUUAUAUACACUAUAACCAGCUGUGCCUUCCUUUGCAUUUAGUUGUAUGUAAAUGGUUUAUAUAUUUUUUAGUAUUAAGAGAAAAAUGUUUGAAAGACAAAAAUUAGUAUCAAACAGCUAUUAGAAUUUCAUUAUUUUUCACAAGUGGCAAUAUGAAAGCAUAUUCAUGUAACUUUUUCUUUUUUUGCUUUCAAUUGUAUAAGUAUUGCCUUAGAACCUCUUUUGAACUGAAAUCCAGUAAAUGUAAUGUCCAAGUAAUGUUUUUAUAAGAAUAAACUAAGCCAUAUUUAGACAAUAAACAUUCAUAGAAGAAAAUGUUCUAAAGUGCAUUUUUUAAAAAAUGAACUUUGAAGGGCUAGCUGUUUACAGUGUCUUUUAGAUUCCUCCCAAACAAAAAUCUGAGCUGGAAAAGCUACAUCAAGUUCAUGCUAUCCAAGCCCCUAGAAUAUUUCCUAGGUUAGCAUGUUCUUAUUUCAAAAAAUUAGCCCUGGUUCUUCCAAUUUUUGAUAGAGAAUCUAACCAUCUGAUGUAUUUAUGGUGUCAGUGUGAGUUAGGGUUUCUCUAAAUCCCUGGAACUAUAACACACAUUUAAACCUCUAAUGCUUUGGAAGAGGCUAAUAGACUGGUGAUGAAUCCAAAUAACAAAGAAAGAAUUCUGUAACACCAGCUAUCUUAUCUUUUGUGCAUGUAGAGGUCUUCACAAUUUUUGAUGGAUAAAAAAAACUUGCCUGUAACACACAUAGAGAACUAGGGGUAUGGAAGGCCUUGCUUGUGGAAAUUCAGAGAGGUAGGCUUACACUGCUUUAUGUAUUAUUAAAUUUAUGGUGAGAGAGAAAGAAAUCUGGUAAGAAAAAUUCUUCAGGAACCUCGUCGUGGAACUGAUUACGUAACAAUUUGGAAUGCUGCACUCAAUUCUUGUUUGGAGCACACAAAUGUAUUUUCCGUUCCUUCAAAAAACCAGUCCAAAAGCACCAUACCUACCUGUACAUGAAGUAGAAUAUUCUAAUGUAAGAUAUGAGAACUAGAAAGUACCCACAGCUUUUAAAUUCAAGAUUAGGUUAAUUAUUAAUUAUAAGUAACAGAAAUCAAUUUGAGAUGUAACUAUUAAUAACUGAUCCAAACCAGCCAUUAAAAGGCAGGGAUUAUGAGAAAAGCAAAAAAAAAUGAGGUUUGUUGAAAACACAUUUUUUGAAUUUUCAAAAAAUCUAAAAUAUUGUUUUACUACUUACAAAUUUUGAAGUGUACAACUGGAAUCGAGCAUCUCUGUGUCGGGGGAUGUGUGCCCUGAUCGAGAGGAAAAAAUCCAAAAUAUACCUCUUUGACUGUAAGUAAUGGGACUGGUUCCCAAAUCCACAAAUAGACACUACUGUCACCCCCUCACAGGCUAAGUAUAAUUUUGUACUACAAUAAAAGGAACUGGUCCAGGGAGCUGAUACUUACUGAACAUAAAACGUUGGUGCUAGAAGGGGCCUUUGAGAAUGCUUCUCACUACCUAUUUCCAGCUCAGGACAAGGGCACACCAGAAGGUGGGUGUUGCCUACGGUCACACAGCCCACAAAAGGUAGGACAAUGACUGGUGCUCAGUCCAACUGCUUCUCCAUGUGUAGCUGUAAGUAGCUACUGGUUCACAACUGUAUGUUGGCAAAAAAACAAAGCAUUUAAUAUUGUUUUGCCAGAUAAGAGAACACAUCCAAAAUGCAGGACUCUUGUAGAGAAACUAGCUAAAAGGAGUUUAAUCUGCAAAAAUCCCAACAAAAAAUAUUUAGUAUAAUUUUUACAUGUAAAUGCUGAUUGGAAAUAUUCAAAUAACUAUAAAUCAGAUUUUUUUCUUUUCCUCCAAAUAUUGUGAUUAAUGUAUACUCUAGAUCCAUUUAUUAGAAGUGGAAAAAUACCACAAUUUUUGAUGGAUCAAAGUACUUGCUAUAUAACAAUCAGAGAACUGGAGGUAUUGAAGUAUAACUCUUAUAGCUCUGCCUCAUUCUGUUUUUUUUACACAAGUAUUUUAGUCAAAAAUUAGGUUUCAAAGAAUAUUAAGUAACUUUUUUUCCUUUUAAUAUGUCUGCUUGAUCAGUGUUAAACUGCUAUGGCUAAAGUUUUAUAGAACUAUAUAACCUGAAUGUUGGUCUCUUCGUACACAUAUUUUCUAUGACUACAAAUCUUCACUUUCAUAUAUGUAUCAUUUUUACUGUCAUAUUAUUUUUGUUCAAUAAAUACUUUGUGAUAAGAGGUGUUUCAAGG